GCCAUCCAGUUCACAAAGCUUUUACCGAUAUCCGAACGUCUCGGCAGUGCCACCGGUUGGACGUGAGCGUUGAUGCUGGCGUCCUCAGCCAUCGUUAGCAAUGCGAUGUCGUCCCGAUUGAAGAAUGAGCUGUAUCCUGGAUGUGGCAGCACUCUGGAAACUCCAAUCACCUGCUCAACGUUGGUCAUUGAGCUGGCACCCAGCGCGAUGGAGAGCGUGGUAUGGCUGUGGAAUGUGAUAGCUUGUAGUUUCGACUCAUACUCUGUAGAGGCUGCGGGACAUACCUGCCAAUGCAUGAAGCCGCCGACAGGACGUGACGACGGGAGAUUAGCGCACCAUUACAAAAUGAAUGACGGGAUCCACCGAGGAUGAACACACCCACCGCCCACGGGAUAUCAUCGGGCUGAGCAACGGUACCUUCAGUGAUACGAGGGUUUCUUCUGUGAUUUGUCAAAUCGGUGGUGGUCGCACCUGCUGCGACAAAUAGUGAUAAUAAGAUUAAUAUCUGCAUUCUGCACACGUCAACUGCUUGCAAAAUACUGAUUGAGCUUUGCGGGGAUGUGCCGAUUUUAAUGUUGGGGGUCCAAAUUGAACCGUUAAGCCUGGAGCCGCUGAUAACAUUCUGUUUUGAGUUGGAAUGCCGAACCGAAGCCGGGUGAUUAUUCCAUAAUCCCUGUAUUGACGUAUGGGAUACGGUUCUUUGUCGUUUUUGAUCUAAUCUGUGUUUAUAUUUAGCUGGAUAACAUCGUCUGAACUGACGUAUUGAAUCUCACCGGUCAGUGGCAAAUGAACAAUCGCUCAGGUCAACAAUGAAAAGUGUGUUAAUUUUUGUACUAGCUUCCGUGGCAGCGCUAGCAAUUCAAGAUGGGAACUCUCGUAUCGCUGGCGGAUCACAGGCCGGACCAAAUGAAUUUCCAUUUGUGGUGGGAGUAUUGAUUUCACAACAGGAAACCCAUGGAUUUUGUGGUGGAAUUCUUCUUAGUCCUACACACGUACUAACCAGCGCGAACUGUGUUAUUCGGCAAACCUCGCUGACGGUUCUUCUUGGAUCAUCGGACAUUACUCGGGCAGAGCAAAUCAUACCGGUGAUCCACAUUCGUCUCCACUGGAACCAUAGUACCGUUGUGGUUAGUCGAGCGGAUUUGGCGAUCCUAACAUUAGCUCGUGCUGCCCGGUUAGGCGAUGCGGUGUCCAUCGCACAACUUCCGAGAUGGUCACACGUGGGGAAUUCAUUCAAUGGAUUCGGUGUCACACUCGUUGGGUGGGGUACGACAGGACACCGACAGGACGAGAUGGCUCCGGUCCAACAUUUACAGCUCACACGCACUCCGGUUAUAAGCAACUUCGUUUGUGGUUUCUCUCAUUUGUUUGUUACUGACGAACACAUAUGCACUUCCGGAGACAAUGGAGGUCCAUGCAGUGGUGAUGAAGGGGGACCGGUGAUGAUUACCGAGAGUGGUCAGCACACCGUGAUCGCCAUUCAUUCCUUCCAUUAUGGCGGUAUUGGAGGAUGUGAACGUGGCCGUUCAGCGGUGCAUACGCGUCUCACUGAACACCUGGAUUGGCUGCAGCAACAUACAGGUGUCGAAAUCAGGCCUUGAACUACAAUCCUGUUUCACAGGAUUAGUUAUAAGACCCGCCUCAUAAAUCGUUACUAUCUUAUCAAUGUGCAAUUCCUCAAAUCAUUGCGAUCAAUAAAUGUUUUCGUAUUUUCA